AUGUGUUACAAAUCAGAAGAUAAAAAAGAGUUGCUUUGUCAGAAAAGCGUGAGAAAUGAAGAGGGAGAUUUGGAGUUCAGCGAAAUUUUGUGUAGUAGCUCUUGCUCGAUGAGGACGACUGUUGAGAUAGAACUCGUCGGAGACGGAAACGCACAUGUGAUUCUUGAUACCUUGGAACAUGGAUGUAAAGAGACCCCGUGUGCGCUUGAUGGUCAACGGGACGAAGACAUUUGUAGACAGACUUAUUCAAUUGAUGGCGUUGAUGUCUACUGCCAAUACUCGGAUGAGCACCAGGCUUUCGAUUGCUGCUGCUCUGGCAGAAACUGCAAUACGCCAGAAGUCUGGGAAAACUGGUACACCCGGCAGCACAGAGGCGAAAUCAACAAAAACUGUCAAGUGGACAAUGGCAAAAUAAUCCUUCUCAGUCAGAUUCUCGACGUUAUCCUCAUCUUCCUGAUUGUCUUCCUUGUUGGCGUUUUAAUCCGAUGCAUUGGCUGCGCAUUGAUAAGAGGGAAACAAAUGCGCCUUGAACAUAAAAAUAAGAAUUUGAAUCCUAACAACGAUCAAAAUUCGCACGCGCUUUUAUCCUGA